AUGGGAGAGGCUCUGGACAGAUCUUUCGUAAAGGUGACUGUGUCCAGUAUCAGAGCCCGGUACUCCCUGCUGAGGGUCCUGAGGAAAGGCUCAGGGAACUCCUCUCCUGGACUUUGGACAGAUUGGGGUAGAGAGUUCCAGAGGAUAGGAACUCCUUUCCUGGACUGGUUGGGAGGUUCUGCUUUCACUGAUAAUGGAAUACUGUCUUCCAAGGACUCCGCCUCUCCGAUAUGUAAUUCUAUUCUAUGUUUUCCUUCCAGGUUCUGGGAAUUCUUCACCAUCGGGAAUGUUGGAGGAUCUUCGCCAGAUAUGAACUCCUCCACCCCACAGCCCGGGAGCGACUCGCUACCCCUGGUGUCCGUGACCAACAUCCCGUACCUGGUGACAGAAGUGCUGACGGCUGUGGUCUCUGUGGUGGGGAACAUUCUCAUCUGUUUGGCCGUUUUCAAUGACCGCCGGCUGCGGACCGUCACCAACAACUUCAUCCUGUCUUUGGCCACCGCCGACAUCCUGGUGGGAGCCGUGGCCAUCCCUUGUGCCAUCCUCCUGGAUCUGGGCGUGGCACGGUGCAGCCUCUACUCCUGCCUGCUGAUGCUUUGCAACCUCAUGACCUUCUCUUUGGCCUCCAUCUUCGGACUGUUGGCGGUGGCAGUAGAGCGGUACAUCUCCAUCUUGUGUCCCUUCCGUUACCGCGCCCUGGUCACACCCCGGGCAUCCGUCCUGGUGAUAAUCUGUACCUGGAUACUGGCCGCAGUGGCAGGCCUGAUGCCCUUCAUGGGCUGGCGGAAACCCUUCCCCCCGGAGAGCGAAUGUCUGUUCAGCAGCCUGAUCUCCGAGUCGUACAUGGUCUACAUGAUCUUCUUCGGCUGCGUGGUUUUUCCGUUGGUCGCCAUGCUGGUGCUCUACGCUCGCAUCUUCCUGGAGAUUCGCAGGCAGAUCCGGCAGAUUGCGGAGUGGGAGGUGGACGUCAGCCGCCGGCACAGAAAGAGGCGCGUCGUGGUCAGGGAGUUCCGCAUGGCCUCCUCGCUCUUCCUGGUGGUCUUCUGCUUCGUACUUUGCUGGUUUCCCAUCCACAUCCUCAACGUCAUCCGACUUUUCUGUCCCAAAUGCCAAAUCAACGAAGACUUGGUCCUCUCCGCCGUCAUCCUCUCCCACGCCAACUCCGCCAUCAACCCCAUUAUCUACGUCUUCCGGAUGAGGACCUUCCGCCGUGCUGUGGAGGCCACCCUUUCCUGUUACUGCAUCACCGGAUCUGUGGGGAGUGUCACCGGAUCCAGCCAGGCAAAGGUGACCCAGGAGCAGAGGGGAGAUGGGACCACCAGGGAUGGUCCUCUGCCCGGGAACUAG